GGCUUGUUUUCGUGUUUAUACGCCGUUUAAGAACAUAGUUUUUGUCGACUUGGAGAAUGACGCAGGAUUUUCACUGAGCGUUUAAGUUUACUGCAGUUGACACAAGCAGCUCCAUCUGAAGGAGAAGAAGACGGAGAGCAGCGGGGCAAAUCCAAGUCACAAGACUUCACCGAGCUGCACCGCCGCCGUUUCUUCCCGACGGUUAAACCCCUGGAGUUAUGGAAAACCCCGGAUACAGCAGCGGCAGCUUCGACGGCCUCCAUCACCCCAGCGACGACGACGAUGACGAGAUGGUGGACAUCGCGGGAGCCACGCUGGACUUUUCCUCUACAGAUGACGUCCCCCCUCUCAGCUCAGGUGGGGAUUAUGAUGAACAGAGCACCAGCAGCAGCUGCAGAGUAGCCGGUAUGAAUGGGAGCGGCCCCACUAAGCUAAUGGACCCUUUAGAAGACCCGCUGCCUGGGGUGGGCACCUAUGAAGACUUCAACACCAUCGACUGGGUCAGGGAGAAGAGCAAGGACCGUGACAGACACAGAGAGAUCACCAAUAAGAGCCGAGAGUCGACUGUGGCCCUGCUGCACAGUGUCAGCGACGCCUUCUCUGGAUGGCUGCUCAUGCUGCUGGUGGGACUCAUGGCAGGUGCUCUUGCUGGCGGCAUCGACAUCGCAGCCCACUGGAUGACCGAUCUGAAAGAAGGGGUGUGUCUCAUCGGCUUCUGGUUCAACCACGAGCACUGCUGCUGGACGUCCAAUGAGACCACGUUCCAGGAGAGGGACCGCUGCCCGCAGUGGAAGAGCUGGGCUGAACUCAUAGCUGGAGCUUCUGAGGGUCCAUUUGCCUACGUAGUGAACUACCUGAUGUACUUAUUUUGGGCUCUGCUCUUCUCAUUCUUGGCUGUGACGCUGGUCAGGGCCUUCGCUCCGUAUGCCUGCGGAUCAGGAAUACCAGAGAUUAAAACCAUCCUCAGUGGGUUCAUCAUUCGUGGCUACUUGGGGAAGUGGACCUUGAUCAUAAAGACCAUCACUCUGGUUUUAGCAGUCUCCUCUGGGCUCAGUUUGGGGAAGGAGGGUCCUCUGGUGCACGUAGCCUGCUGCUGUGCGAACAUCCUCUGCCAUCUUUUCACCAAAUACCGCAAAAACGAGGCCAAACGGCGAGAGGUUUUAUCAGCAGCAGCAGCAGUUGGAGUGUCUGUGGCUUUUGGUGCCCCCAUAGGAGGGGUUCUGUUCAGUCUGGAGGAGGUGAGUUAUUACUUCCCCCUAAAGACCCUGUGGCGUUCAUUCUUCGCUGCCCUGGUGGCAGCUUUCACCCUGCGCUCCAUCAACCCGUUCGGAAACAGCCGCCUCGUGCUGUUUUACGUGGAGUUUCACGCCCCGUGGCACCUGGUGGAGCUGGCUCCUUUCAUCCUGCUGGGGAUAUUCGGAGGCCUCUGGGGGGCGCUGUUCAUCAAGGCAAACAUCGCAUGGUGCAGGACACGGAAAACCACUCGGCUCGGCCACUACCCCAUCAUAGAGGUGCUGGUGGUCACUGCGGUGACCGCCCUGAUGGCCUUCCCAAACAGUUACACCAGAAUGAGUGGAGCAGAGCUCAUCUCUGAGCUCUUCAAUGACUGCUCCCUGUUGGACUCGUCUCAGCUCUGUGGCUACAAACAGCCAUCCAACACAUCAGAAACAAGUGUAGAUAACAGCCUCGCUGACCGGCCUGCAGGAGAAGGCCUCUACACCGCCCUGUGGCAGCUGGCCCUGGCCCUGAUCUUUAAGAUGCUGAUCACUGUGAUUACUUUUGGCAUGAAGGUUCCCUCUGGCCUCUUUAUCCCGAGUAUGGCUGUGGGAGCCAUAGCUGGCAGACUGCUGGGUGUGGGCAUGGAGCAGCUGGCUUACUACAACCACGACUGGCUCAUCUUUAGAGGAUGGUGCUCCCCAGGAGCAGACUGCAUCACACCAGGACUUUACGCAAUGGUCGGAGCUGCUGCUUGUUUAGGUGGGGUGACCAGAAUGACGGUGUCACUCGUGGUCAUUAUGUUUGAGCUGACUGGCGGCUUAGAAUACAUCGUUCCCCUCAUGGCUGCAACCAUGACCAGCAAGUGGGUAGCAGACGCCUUGGGAAGAGAGGGAAUUUAUGAGGCUCACAUAAGGCUGAACGGGUACCCGUUCCUGGAGCCGAAAGAAGAGUUUGAGCACAGCAGCCUGGCCGUGGACGUGAUGAGGCCGAGGAGGGGAGACCCUGCUCUGGCUGUGCUCACACAGGAUGGCAUGACUGUAGGAGAGGUGGAGACUAUAGUAGAGAGCACUCACUACAGCGGCUUCCCUGUGGUCGUCUCGCAGGAGUCCCAAAGGCUGGUGGGAUUUGUGCUCAGAAGAGACCUUCUCAUAUCAAUAGAUAACGCCCGGAAGCGUCAGGACGGCAUCGUCAGCGCCUCCAAGGUGGUCUUCACAGAGCACACCCCCGCUCAGCCGCCUGAAGCACCCCCUCCCCUCCGCCUCAGAGGCAUCGUAGACCUGAGCCCCUUCACGGUCACGGACCACACAGCCAUGGACAUCACUGUGGAUAUUUUCAGGAAACUAGGGCUUCGCCAGUGUCUGGUCACACAUAAUGGGAGGCUGCUGGGAAUCAUCACUAAAAAGGAUAUCUUGAAGCAUAUGGCACAGAUGGCCAACAGAGACCCUGACUCCAUCCUCUUCAACUGAAUUCCUCUCAUCUUUGCUUCCACCUCCUCUCCACGGAGCGGGUCGGAGGACGGACACCAGCUCAGACACUCAGAAUACACCUUUACCUCUUCAACUCCCCAGAAACGUCCAGCGUUCAUUUGCACAAACCGGUUGUGGACAGUGGAGUUUAAUUUCCUGCAAUUUUGUUUUUUGUUUUGUUGUUUUGAGGCCUUGGGUCUCGAGAGGAGAGUGGGCCAAUAAAGUAAAAGCUCUCUGUAACAUUGACUCACCCAGAGUCGUGGGUGUGGGUAACUAGUUUCCUUUCUCCUUGUUUUCUCGCUUUUCAAGAGGAAACUCUGACGUCCGGAAUCUGUGAUUUAGAUCUCUCCUCCAUUUACCCUCCUGCCUCUCUGUUUUACCUGAGACUAGAGGGAGGUGGAAGGAGAUAAUCCUCCUUGAUGGACACUUAAAUGAGGAGACGAGGUGAAGGAAGAGAAAAAUAAAAGUGGGAGAAAAGAAGAUAGAGGAUUGGGAAUGCCCCCGAGCCUUCUCAGCAAGUCCAGACAGAGCGCUGAUCUCCAGGAACAGUGGAUGCACCGACAGCUUCCUCCUCCUCCUGCAAGGAUUGAUUAGGGAGACAGGAGUGUCAAACAGAGGAUCACAUACCUACACUCCAAUGAAGACAUUGAUGACAGCCUGGGAACUGCCCAGAAAUGUCUUAUUGUGUCCUGGAUGCUUGAGGCUGGUGACAGCCUUGGAACUAAUGCAGUGUUGACCCACCACCUUCAGAAUGGCACUGUAGCAGCUUCGCUCUGACCCAAAAAUCCCAAACACCAUGCCAUGCCUUAUGGGAGGGCAGCAGAAGGGCUUAAAGAAUCAUGACAUCAAUUAAUUUAAUGUAAAAUUGUUGAUCCCACUAAAUUAUUACAAUGAUUUAAA